GCCGGCGGCCGCGGCGCGGAGCCCAGGCGAGCGGGGGAGUGAGCGCCGGGCAUGGAGGACGGCGUGGCGGGGUCGCGGUUCGGGAAGGUGGAGGCGGUCGAGGCGCGGGCGCCCCACCGGGUGACUCUGCGGCCCUUCGCGCCCUUCUCUGCGGCUGCCGAGGCGGACGAGGGCGGCGGCGACUGGAGCUUCAUCGACUGCGAGAUGGAGGAGGUGGAUCUGCAAGACCUGCCGAGCGCCACCAUCGCCUGCCACCUGGACCCGCGCGUAUUCGUGGACGGCCUGUACCGGGCCAAAUUUGAAUCCCUCUUCAGGACGUAUGACAAGGACAUCACCUUCCAGUAUUUCAAGAGCUUCAAACGAGUCCGAAUAAACUUCAGCAACCCCUUAUCUGCCGCCGAUGCCAGGCUGCGGCUGCACAAGACUCAGUUCCUGGGGAAGGAAAUGAAGUUAUAUUUUGCUCAGACUUUACACAUAGGAAGUUCACACCUGGCUCCACCCAAUCCAGACAAACAGUUUCUCAUCUCUCCUCCUGCUUCUCCACCCGUUGGUUGGAAACAAGUGGAAGAUGCUACCCCAGUCAUAAAUUAUGACCUUUUAUAUGCUAUCUCCAAGCUGGGGCCAGGGGAGAAGUAUGAGCUGCACGCAGCCACAGACACCACUCCCAGCGUGGUGGUCCAUGUGUGUGAGAGCGACCAAGAGAAUGAAGAAGAGGAGGAGAUGGAGAGGAUGAAGAGACCCAAGCCAAAAAUUAUCCAGACAAGGAGGCCAGAGUACACACCCAUCCACCUCAGCUGAACCGGCGCACAGACCUUGAUGGCGUGUCCUGAACCCCACUCGUGGGAAGGAAUCUUUUACUGUGCAGGUGGCUGGUCAUAGCUUUGGAGGUUUAACAGCCGUGACCACUGUGGCAGGAAUUCCAGUUCAUGUUGCUCAGAAGAGAAGCAAGGCCUCAUCUCCUUGUUCUGAUACCGCACCUCAGUCCAUGCCCUUGGCACCUGGGAAUGUCUUGGGCCAUUCGCUGAGUUUGUGGUAAUUGCACAAGGACAUUUGGGGACAUCUUGAGAAAACUGAUAAUGGUAGUGUCUUGUACUCGCUCUUCUCUAGGUUCUGUUUUUGCGAAGGACAGGUUGCCUGGUGGCCGAGAGAAACAGUUUAGCAUUCGGGGUCCAGCCCCACUGGCAGGCUGCGGCACCCCGCAGAGCCGCCAGGUGUCCGGUGCAGAAGGUUGUGGGGCAGCCCCGAUGCCAUGUGGGAACUGUCCUCCUCAUCUCUCCCCUCGUCUUCUGACGUUGAUGCACGUAGAUUCCUAGGUCCCAAGACCAACCUCUGUUCAGUGCGAAAUCGCGCUGUUGUUUUCCAUCUUGGGAAGGUAGGAGAAGCAACAGAACACUCUUACCAAUUUCCUGGUCCCGGCUCUUUCUCUGCAACCACACACAGGUGGGGUUCCGCCUGGAGACAUCCACUCGUCCCCCUGUCCAGUGCAUCAUGUCAUUUGUGCUUUCUUGAAAAAAAAAAAAAAUUGAUCUGAGUUCCUGUGUAGAAUUUAGUGUCUACGAUGGAGAGAGGUUUCACCUCCCGCUCUUGGCGGGCGGAAGUUUUAGUUCAGACAUUAGUUUCCAUUGUUUAUUUCAUGUAGUGGUUUGUGCGUGAAUUUCAGCCAAAAACCUCGUUGGGAAAUGUUGGUUGAGACAGUUUUUCACCCCAUUGAAACAUGAAGAUAAACUUGUAAAUAAAGCCAAGAGCAUCUCUUAAUACCUGUCAUGUACCUGGGUGAAGAUAGAGGGCAGAGGGAGUUUCAAGCUACCUGUGACUUGUAUGCGGUAGAAAUUACUGUCGUGUGUUCAAUGGGGUGAGCUCGGAGCAUGUGAAGUGCGUGGUAGCUGUGUGUUGCUAGUUAGAGGGACACAGUGCCUUUCCCCUUCCAUUCCGGAUGGGCCGUGACACUCGGUAAACAUUUGGGAAUUUCUCCUUUUCUAGAAUCAUGUGUGUGUCUGGUAAAUAGGUAUUCUAUUUUGGUCUUACAAUGCCAUUACAAAGUCUGUCACUCUGAAAUAGCCUAAUGCCAAUUAACAGUGCAUGCUUUGGGAAUUCAGAAGGUGGUUUCCUCUGGGGAGCAAAUCCUUUGGCAUUCGUUUUUCCAGUAGUCUGCAAUGACAAAUGGAUUGAGUGUUCUCCCAACCCUGUUUCCAGUGCUCAGGGGAAGGGAGCCAGCAAAGGAGAGACCAUCUCAUAGCCGUGAGUGUUUCUAGUCCAGCACUUUUGAACCGGAGAGGCUAACCUCAAAGAUAUUUUUUUUAACUGCAUUCUAUAAUAAAUCAGCACAAUAUGCUCUUCUGGAGAA